AUGGCAACGCUCUCCAAGCUGCAGCAUCUGGACGCCAUCAAGCAACUGUGCAGCUACUCCUCGACAACCAAGCUGAAGUCAACGCUCAAGGCGGGGCCUAUGGCAACGCUCUCCAAGCUGCAGCAUCUGGACGCCAUCAAGCAAUUGUGCAGCUGCUCCUUGACAACCAAGCUGAAGUCAACGCUCAAGGCGGGNGAGUAUGGCAACGCUCUCCAAGCUGCAGCAUUAGAGGGCCAUCAAGCAAUUGUCCAGCUGCUCCUUGAAAAUAAAGCAGACUCGAGUUAUCUUCAUCCAAACUUCGCCGAUGGCCAUCGCGUGCAAACUCUCUACAUUGAAGAGAUUGUCACGAUGUUACUUAACAGUGCUUCUAAGAUAAAAUCUUUUCAUUCUAAUGUCCAAAAAGGUCACGAUUCCGCAGUUGCUUCAGCACUAGACAGCGGCAUGAAACCCGAUGUCCCUGGUGGCUGGUACUUAUAUGCUUUACAUACUGCAGCGAGUCAAGGGAACCUUUCAAUUAUCGUUUUGUUAUUAGCAAAAAGCAAUGCCGAGCUCGAUAUACCAGAUUUCGCUGGUCGAACCCCGCUUUGGCUAGCUGCACAAUCAGGCCAUGUUUCUGUCUUAGACAAACUUUUUGAAUCAGGAACAGUAGAUAUCAAUCCUCGAGACCUCGAAGGUAGAUCAGCGCUUUGGCAGUCCUCGGCUCGUGGACAUCUCAAUGCUGUCAAGUGGCUACUAAGUCGGAAUGCCAAUCAUAAGAUUCCAGACAACUAUGGAUUGUCGCCCUUAGAGAAAGCCGAGAUUGAAGGUCACAAAUCUAUUAUAGAGGCUAUAAGGAGAGCCCCUUGA